GCAGAGAGAGAGAGAGAGAGGGGUUUAUAUAGAGAGAGAGUAUGGAAGUGAGUUCAAGAACGAAAGAAGACCAUAUUAAUAUUAGCGUUAGAGUCCCGUCUGGUGAUGGUCCUUAUGUAAAAGCUAAACAUAUUCAGCUUGUUGAAAAGGAUCCAGAGGGUGCAAUAGUGUGGUUUUGGAAGGCAAUAAAUGAAGGGGAUAGAGUGGAGAGUGCCUUAAAAGACAUGGCAGUUGCAAUGAGGCAAUUGGAUAGAAGUGAAGAAGCCAUUGAAGCAAUCAAGUCAUUUAGGAGCCUAUGCCCCAAAACUUCACAACAAUCCAUUGAUAAUCUUCUCAUGGACUUAUACAAGAAAUGUGGGAAAGUGGAUGCUCAAAUAGCCUUAUUAAGGCAUAAGCUUAGACUGAUAUAUAAAGGACAAGUGUUUAACGGUAAACCAACAAAGACCGCUAGAUCUCACGGCAAGAAGAUUCUUGUUUCGGUUAGGCAAGAAACUUCUAGAAUUUUAGGCAACUUGGGUUGGGCCUACAUGCAAAAAUCCAACUUCAUGACAGCAGAGGUGAUCUACAAAAAAGCCCAAAUGAUUGACCCUGAUGCAACUAAGGCCAACAAUUUGGCCGUUUGCUUGAUCAAACAGGCCCGAUACACUGAAGCGUGUUUGGUCCUUCAACAAGUCCUCAACGGUGAGAUUCCGGGCUCCAACGACAUUAGGGCAAGAAACAUGGCCCAAGAAUUGUUGAUGGAGAUGGAAACUUUGUUGCCAACAUCGGAGUUUUUGCCGGGCCUAUCUGGGCUGGACCUAGAUGAUGACUUUGUUAAUGGGCUUGAAACAUUGAUGAAUGUAUGGGCCCCCAGUAGAUCCAAAAGACUGCCUAUAUUUGAAGAGAUUGAAAACUUUAGAGACCAAAUAACUUGUUAAUUUUGGUUAGUAGCACUUGUAAGAAAAUAAGUUUGGUUAGCAGUCCUUGUAAAAAAUUGUAAAGUUGUUAGAUUAUGCUGUUAAAUAUCGU